UGCUAUGUCAUUGGUAGGAUCAACUAAGAGGCAACUUCAAUUGUUUAGGGAUGAUGGGUGGAAUUCUCUCAUGAUGAAAGUUUCUGCAUUUUGUGAGAAACAUGAGCUCGAAACGGUUGAGAUGGAGGCAGAUUUUGUUGACUCAAAGAGACGAAGAAAAAAAACAGGAGUAUCCAAUAUGCAUCAUUACAAGGUCAACUGCUUAUAUGCUGUCUUGGAUAUACAGCUUCAAGAAUUUAACGACCGCUUUAAUGAGGUGAACACUGAAUUGCUUAUUUGUGUUGCUUCUCUAUCUCCCAUUGAUGCAUUUUCUGAGUUUGAUCACUCAAAGUUAUUGAGGUUAUCUAAGUUCUAUCCAGAUGACUUUAGUUCAGGGGAGUUCAUAUCUCUUGAGCAAGAAUUAUCUAUCUACAUUGAUAAUGUACGAAAUGAUGACAGAUUUUCUAAUUUGAAGAAUCUAGGGGACCUUGCUCGAUUGUUGGUGGAAACACGAAAACAUAUGUCAUAUCCUUUGGUUUACAGGCUUUUGAAGUUGGUUUUGAUUUUGCCGGUUGCUACUGCAACUGUUGAGAGAUGUUUUUCAGCCAUGAAAAUAAUAAAGACGCAUCGACGUAAUCGAAUUGGGGGAUCAAUUUUUGAAUGAUUGCUUAGUUUGUUUUAUGGAGAAAGAUGUAUUCAAUACUAUUACAAACGAGAC